AGCCGUAUAAAUUCCCCUGGGUUGACUCAUGGGCAGCUCGUCCUCACCACGAGGUCCCAACCCAAAACGCGCCAAAUCCAAUCCGACGAGCCGCACGUGCGCCGCUCAACGCAAACUGGGCUUUCUCCUCCUUCUCCGCCCGACGGUUAACCAGCACCACCACCACGCGCGCCGUGCUCACGUCGCUGCCGCUCCUAAACAAUUGCUGAAUCCCACCAGGAACGCGGUAGAACCGCGCCCCGGCCCACGCUUCGCUGUACAGCUGUCGCUGCAGAGUAGUUUAAUCCUUUCGGAAGGGGCCGGCCCGGAUGGCCGUGUCCUCGUCGGCUUCCCGCAGACCCAGUCCCGGGUUUGAGGUGUCUCUACGCCGCCGCUGUUCUUUCCGGUUGCGGGGAAUGGUUGGGGAGCUGUUGGGUUCCUGGCUGGGGUUUUAGGGUCCCGGGUCUCGGCCGGGGGAAGCAGAGCUCGGAGGUUCUCGCGGGCGGCUGGAUUUGGUGCCGGAGCUGCUGAUUGACUUGAAUUUGGGGAGGGGGAAGCUUCCAUUGUUCUUCUGACUUCAAACGGGGAUGGCCUUCCCAAACGAUGAAAAGAUGAAGGGCUGUCAGCCAAAGCUUUUUGGAACAAAAGAUAAGAAAGUCACAAAGAGGACAGACCGUGCAAGCUGCUCCACAGUUAAGUGUGAGUCAAGCAACUCAAAGUCACCAUCUUCGUCCCCAUUCCGAAAACUUUCAGAAGUUAGGAGCAUACGUCUCAGCCAUUUUCUAUCCCACUCUUCAAAUGCUACAAAAUCUGAACAUAUCAGGAUAUUUGUCUCCACCUGGAAUGUUGGAGGAAAAGCGCCUACCGCCGAGUUGAAACUGGAUGACUUUCUUCCUGCUGACGACCAUUCAGAUAUUUAUGUUUUAGGUUUUCAGGAAAUUGUCCCUCUCAAUGCUGGUAAUGUGCUUGUGAUAGAAGACAACGAACCAGCAGCAAGAUGGCUUGCCCUUAUAAACUGCGUGCUAAAUCGACCAGUCGACACUGACACUGAUAUCUUUCAGCACAAGCCAUUUCUCUCCCUUGAUUCAACCUCAUCUCAAUCAACUUCAGACCUUGAUGCUUCAUUCUCCAACCGCUCAAGAACAGCUAGCGGUUCUGUAAUCUUCCAAAAGUCCUUGAAAUCCAUCAGGAAAUCUUACAUGCCAUCCCAGAGAAAACAGCUCAAAUUCUGCAAUUGCACAGCGGAAAUGGCCAAGAAAUCGUACAAAGACGCUUGCUUUCGAUGCCCACAAGCAUAUGCUAAUGAAAUGGACUCUUCAGAAGAGGAUGAAGUGGAUGACAAAUUGAAUGAUGUUUAUGGUCUUACUGUUGAUGGAAUUACUUCAGGUGCUUCAGCCUCCAGGGAUCAGCUAAAAUAUAACCUUAUAUCUUGCAAACAAAUGGUUGGUAUUUUUGUCACGGUAUGGGCAAAGAAAGAACUAGUGCAACAUAUCGGCCAUUUGAGAACGUCUUGUGUAGGUCGCGGAAUAAUGGGAUAUCUUGGAAACAAGGGAUGUAUAUCAGUUAGCAUGACACUGUACCAGACAAGCUUUUGUUUCAUCUGCAGCCAUUUGGCUUCAGGUGAGAAAGAAGGUGAUGAGUUGAGGCGGAAUUUAGAUGUAUUAGAGAUUCUGAGGCUCACACAAUUUCGAAGGAUUUGCAGAAGAGCUGGGCGAAGAAUCCCUGAGAAAAUUCUUGACCAUGAUCGGGCAAUAUGGUUGGGGGAUCUCAACUACCGUAUUUCCUUGAGCUAUGAAGAUACCAAGAAACUUCUGACUGAAAAUAACUGGGAUGCCCUUUUUGAAAAGGAUCAGCUCAAUAUCCAGCGUGCGUUUGGAAGAGUGUUCAAGGGGUGGAGUGAGGAGAAGAUAUAUUUUGCUCCCACAUACAAGUACUCUUGCAACUCAGAUUCUUAUGCUGGAGAGACUGCCACAUCAAAGAAAAAGAGGAGAACCCCAGCCUGGUGUGAUAGAAUACUGUGGCAUGGAGAUGGCAUAGCGCAAUUAUCCUACUUCAGAGGGGAAUCCAAAUUUUCUGACCAUCGUCCUGUGUGUGGUACCUUUAUUGUUGAGGCCGAAAUACUAGAUGGCAAAUCAAAGAGGCGCUCAUCAAAUGCUAACAUCAGAAUCGGUGCUGAAGAGCUGUUACCGACGAGUGAGAUGGCCGCAGCCCGCAGCAGCAGGGACUCGGCGGAGAGGUUCCCGAAGCAUCCGGUCGCGGCGGACGCUGGGUCCUCCUGGAGCAGCAACUCGACCGCAGCGCGGACGGGCAUGGCGAGGAGGGGGCAGAGGAAGGCGACUGCGUCCUCGCCGGCCUCAGCGAAGAGCACGCGCUUCACGGUGAGCGUGGGUUGGGCAGCGGACGGGGGCGGCGCGGCGUCUAGUGAUUAUAUCCCGGUGCGGAUCUGUCUCUACCCGUGGAGCGUGGCGACCACUUCCAACGGGCCACUCGCCGCCGUCCUCGCAUCACCGCGCGCCGCCGACCGCCUCCCUCCCCCCUCCAGAACUGGUGGUCUUCCGCGCGCGCGCGCGAGAGAGAGAGGCUUCUCGGUUGCGAUGGCCAAGACAUGGGCAGGGGCCAUCCCUCCUGCCCUCGUGCGGCUCCUCUUCAGCGUCCUCGCCCUUCUCCUCGACCGCGGCGGCGCUGCCGGCGGAGGCGGCAGGGGCAGCUCGGUGUACCCGGCGGCCGUCGUGUACCCGCACCACUCCCGACAGAUCUCCUGGAAACCCAGGGUGUUCCUGUACCAGCACUUCCUCAGCGGCGACGAGGCCAACCACCUCAUCUCCCUCGCGAGAGCGGAGCUCAAGAGGUCGGCGGUCGCUGAUAACAUGUCCGGCAAGAGCACGCUCAGCGACGUCCGCACCAGCUCCGGCACCUUCAUCAGGAAAGCCCAGGAUCCAAUUGUUGCGGGUAUAGAGGACAAAAUUGCUGCAUGGACAUUCCUUCCAAAAGAGAAUGGUGAAGAUAUCCAAGUCCUAAGAUAUAAGCAUGGGGAGAAGUAUGAACCACACUAUGAUUACUUCACCGACAAUGUUAACACAAUUCGUGGUGGUCAUCGCACAGCUACUGUGCUUAUGUACUUAACUGAUGUAGCAGAAGGUGGGGAAACAGUUUUCCCAUUAGCCGAGGAGUUUGAUGAUGCUAAAGACGCAACCUUGUCAGAAUGUGCUCAGAAAGGCACUGCAGUGAAACCACGAAAAGGAGAUGCACUCCUUUUCUUCAACCUUAGCCCAGAUAGCACCACAGAUUCACUGAGCCUCCAUGCUGGAUGUCCAGUCAUAAAGGGUGAGAAAUGGUCUGCUACAAAGUGGAUUCGUGUAGCCUCAUUCGACAAGGUUUACCACACACAAGGCAAUUGCACCGAUGAGAACGAGAGCUGCAUGAAAUGGGCGGCCCUGGGAGAGUGCACAAAGAACCCAGAGUACAUGGUGGGGACUGCAGCAUUACCUGGUCACUGUAGGAGGAGCUGCAACAAGUGUUAGCGUCAAACUGUGGAAGAUUGAUAGUAACGGCCUAAUGGAAUCAGCGAACGGGUUAGACUGCUGUUUCACCAGGUUUUGACCUGAAUUCUACUAGUUUUGGUUGCUUCCUGAUUUGACACGGGUUUUUUCAGUUACCGGCCUUCAAUGGUAACCAGACAUGAAUUGGAAGACAGAUCUUCUUUAGUACUGUCCAUAAUGUAUGCUAGGUGGAGACACUUAAUCGACGCGGCCCUAAUUUCCGUUUGAGAACAAGUGUAGCCUUUUUUUAUACCUUUUUGAAUUGAUUAGAUUGCUUGAGUCUGCUAGCUCUUGGUUAGUUUAUGCCAGAAUCUACAGACAUCUGGAUUCAUGUUUCUUUGUUUUUUUUUUUUCACUUUGCCGUAUGUAUCUCAGGAAAUUCCUUGAAAUCAUGGAAACUCUCCAAUCAUA